AUGGCAGGAAAAAUCGUUUGGAUGGUAUUGUCGGUUGCUUUGGCUGCGGGGUGCGAGUUUGUUGAGGGUAGGAAACUAGAGGAGAAGAAGAGUGAACAAGAAAAGAAACCGGAGUGGUUCUUCGAUGGUAGCCCGGGCUGGUUUGGGGGUGGUGGUGUUGGUGGUGGCGGUGUAUUUGGAGGAGGAAAAGGACUAAGUUUCGGACACUCCUUUAGUUUUGGUAAGGGAGUAGGUUUCAGUUAUGGCAGUGGAAACCCAGGUACUGAAGCAAAGCCUGACUGCGUUGGAAAAGGUGGUGGUGGAGACAGGGGAGGGGGUGGGGGAAGGGGAGCUGGUGCUGGAGCUGGUGGAGGCGUGGGAGGAGGUGGAGGGAUUGGCGGAGGUGGUAUUGGAAAGCAUUACAAGAAGAAAGGUAAAAGCCACCAUCUUGGUGGAGUUGGAGGAGGAGGUGGCGCUGGUGGUGGCAUUGGAGGAGGAGGUGGUGCUGGUGGUGGCAUUGGAGGUGGUGCCGGAGGAGGAGCAGGUAGUGGAGGUGGCGCAGGGGCUGGUGGAGGCGGAGGAAUUGGAGGUGGUGCAGGAGGAGGAGCAGGUAGUGGAGGUGGCGCAGGGGCUGGUGGAGGCAUUGGAAAAGGAGGAGGCGGAGGAAUUGGUGGUGGUUCCGGUGGAGGUAUUGGCAAAGGGAUUGGUGGUGGUAGUAGAGGUGGAAUUGGUGGUGGUUCAGGCGGUGGAUUUGGUGGAGGUAUUGGAAAAGGAGGUGGCGUAGGUGGAGGAAUUGGUGGUGGUUCAGGCGGUGGAUCUGGGGGAGGUAUUGGAAAAGGAGGUGGUGUAGGUGGAGGAAUUGGUGGUGGUUCAGGUGGUGGAUUUGGGGGAGGCAUUGGAAAAGGAGGUGGUGGUUCAGGUGGUGGAUUUGGGGGAGGUAUUGGAAAAGGAGGAGGAGGUGGGGUUGGAGGUGGUGCUGGUAGUGGGUUUGGUGGAGGUGCAGGCAAAGGAGGUGGUGGGUUUGGUGGCGGAGGUGGCGAAGGUGGCGGGUUCGGUGGUGGUGCUGGUGGAGGUUUAGGUAAGGGAGCAGGAGGAGGCUCUGGAGGUGGUGCUGGAGAAGGCAUUGUUGGUGGUGGUGGUGGCAGCGGUGGCGGUGGAGGUGGGGGUUGUGGAGCAGGAGGAGGAGGAGUUGGAAGUGGAAUAGGUGGAGGCAGUGGUGCUGGCGUGGGUGGGGGUAAUGGAGUCCCAGUCCCAGUUGGUGGCUAA